AUGUCAUCUGGUUUGAAUUUAAACUUUGCCAUCAUAAACAAUAAAGAAGUUGAAGGAAUUUCACACUCUAUGCCAAAGUUUCUUUUUUUUGAGGAUGUCUCAACGAGUUUAAUUCCAUUGUGUGUAGUUUUGAGAUGGGGAAUGGAAGAAAAAGAGUUUUGUAAAUGGUCAGAACAUAACAGCAAUGGAAUGUGA